AUGGCUUCGUCAUCGUCAAAUAUUAAGUGCAAAACAUGUUUGGAUGGUGUUAUUGAAUGUAAAGGUUGUAAACAAACAUUUUGCGAUGAACAUUUCACCGUGCAUAGACAAAAACUUGCCGUAGAACUUGAUCAUAUUAUCUGUGAUCAUGAUAUAUUACUAGAACAGCUAUUCGAAUCAUCACUAUCAUCGUCGGCAAAUCAGUCUUCAGAACAACCCGUUAUGGAUGCAAUUGAUCAAUGGGAGCAUGAGAUGAUCGUGAAAGUCAAACAAGCUGCUGAUGUAGCAAGACAAAAGGUUUUUCAAUUUUGUAAUAAAAUCCAUGAAAUAGUAAAAAAAGAUUUUCGGUUAAUGGCGAAUGAUAUUCGAGCGAAAAAAUUGACACAAAACUUUGCUGAAACCGAUUUACAACGAUGGAAACAACAAUUAAAACAAUUUCAUCAUCUUAUAGUCCCAGCAUCAGCUUCGAUAACUGUCUCAACAACGAAAAGUAACAAAAUUGAUUGGACAUCAUUGAUCGAAAUAGAAGAAAUUGCAGAUGUGCAGCUAACUAAAUUGCCAUUAAAAGACACAUUUGAUUUUAGUCAGUUAACUACAGUAAAACCAAGAUUAGUACUUGAUAUUCCCUUUGGGGAAUGGAGUUUGUUUGGUGUCUCAUUCAAUUCCUUUCUUCAUUAUCGACAUGAAGCACCAACCGGAAAGCUCUGGUUAAUGAAGACAAAUAGCGAUCAAACUGUAAUAAAAUGGAACAAUAAUAAAAUAACCGAUAUGUGCUGGUCAAUAUAUCUAAAUCGAUUCGUACUACUUGCGCUCACCAAAAUCUAUACCUAUGAUGAACGAACAAAUCAAAUUCAGCAAACAUCGUUAGAAUCAAAUGAUGUGGACUUUUGGAGUUGCACUUGUUAUGAUCAAACAUUAUUAAUAAGUUAUGGAGCAUGGGGAGUUCACGUAAAUGAAUUUAAAAUGGGAAAUACAUGGCAGACGGUCAAACAAUGGAAAAUAAAACCUGAUGAACUAAUAUCAGUUAUUAGAUUUUCGUCAAAUAACAAUUAUGUCGGACUAGCGGUGGAAGCUCAUAGUCGUAACUGGCACUUUGAACUGCGAAAUAGGCAAACAACAGAUGUAAUUUGGACAAUUCAAUUAGAUAAUCAUGAUAGACGACGAUUUAGAAAACGUCCUUUUGAUGCUAAGAAAUGA